AUGAGCUCUCUGAAUUCCCGCUUGAAACACCUUGGCUUUGCGAAACGCAAAUCGAGCGCCAGCAUCCAGUCGCCAGACCUAUCGCAGAGCCAGAGUCGCACCCCCCCGCCGCAGGGCUCGUCCCAAUCGUCCACCUACAACAGCACUCCCCCAUCCCACGUCCAACCCGCCGGCCAAGCUCCCUCCAUCGCCUCCAAUUCCUCGCAGCAGUCCCUGCCCCAGAUGAACCACCCCGGCCAAGGGCAGCGGCCACCGAGCUACACGGCUGGAUAUCCUGGACAAGCCCGAACUCCUCCCACGCAGAUGGUCGGUGGCCCUCCACCCAUCAAUACUGGAGCUCCACCCGUCGCCGGUUAUCCCCCUCAGCUUCCACCAAUGCAGGGCGGCCCGCCAGUCGCCGGAGGCCCGCCAGGCUAUAAUGGCGGUGCCGGAGGCUACGGCCCUCCCCCGAGCCAGAACCUCCCGACCGCCACAUACACCAGGCCCGCUGCCGAGGUCGAGGGUAAUAGCAGGAGCAAGGCGCAAUUGAUUGUUGGCAUUGAUUUUGGCACGACUUUCUCCGGUGUCGCAUUUGCAUUCGCAACAAAUAACGAGGCAAAAGAAGACAUCAUCACAGAAUGGCCAGGUGCCGGUUCCUAUACCAAGCAAAAGAUUCCCACCGUGCUCUACUACGACCAGUACCAAAAAGUUGUCGGCUGGGGCCCCGAUAUCGCCGAUGCCCUCGCCCCAACAGGGUACCCGAAGCCAGGAGUACAAAAGGUGGAAUGGUUCAAGCUGCAGCUGAUGCUGUCCGGUAACACAUAUAUUGACCCCAUCAACCUGCCGCCUCUGCCACCAGGAAAGUCCGAGAUCGAUGUCGCCGCAGACUACCUGUUCAAGCUCCGCCAGGCCAUGCGCGCAGCCCUGCAGAAGACCCUGGGCGAAGUCUUUAACCGAGAGGAGCGCAACAUUCGUUACUACCUGACGGUGCCUGCCAUCUGGAAUGACGCCGGAAAGGCCGCAACAAGAGCAGCUGCCAUCCAGGCCGGCUUCCUCCGAGACGAGAACGACAACCGACUGACGCUGGUAUCCGAGCCCGAGGCCGCUGCGCUCUUCUGCGCAAAGACCGGUCUCCUCAACCUCAAGGUCGAAGAUGAAAACCCUUUCACGGUGGCCGAAUGCACCGCCGGAUCUGGUGACUCUUGCGGUUCGACCGCCUUGAACCGCAACUUCAGCAACAUAUUGAGGACCAAGAUCAGGAAGAUGAAGCUACCGGAUGGAUCCAAGACCGCGGGCCGCGUGUACGCCAAGUGCAUCAUGGACUUUGAGAACCGGAUCAAGGCAGAUUUCCGCAACAACGGGCAAAAGUGGGCCGUGGAUGUGGGCAUCGAGGCCGAGUUCCCCGAGGCCGGCAUCGAGGAGGGUUACAUGACAUUCACGAACGAGGAGAUCCUGCAGUGCUUCGAGCCCGUGGUGAACCGAAUUCUCGAGCUUGUGCGCAACCAGAUCAUCGCGAUCCAGGCGCAGAACCGCGCACUGCAGAACAUCUUGGUUGUCGGUGGUUUUGGUGCCUCCGAGUACCUCUUUCAACAAAUCAAACUACACGUGCCCCCGCAAUUCCAGUCCAAGGUCGUACGGCCCAUGGACUCCGUUGCGGCCAUCGUCAAGGGCGCCGUCACUGCGGGUAUCACGGAGCGUGUCAUCACUCACCGUAUUGCACGGAGACACUACCUCAUGGCAACCCUGCAGCCAUUCAAGGAGGGUUACCACCCAGAGGCAUACCGUGUGCCGUCGCUUGACGGCAAGGAUCGAUGCAAAUUCACGCGGCAGAUUUUCGUGCAGAAGGGUCAGAAGGUCAAGAUUGGAGAGCCCGUCAAGGUUUCCUUCUUCCGCCAAGUUGCACCCGGGGCGACGCUCAUGUACGAAGACAUCCUGUAUGCGUGUGACGAUGACGUUUGUCCGGAGUACACUAAGGAUCCCCGCAUCAAGGAAGUCGUCACACUCACCUCGGAUCUCUCGCGCAAGAACCUCGAGAAGGACUUCGAGCGCAUGGAUACGCCGCAAGGCACGUUUUACCGCGUGUACUUUGACAUCUACCUCACUCUGGACGGUUCGGAGUUCAGCGCCGAGCUGGUCUGCCAGGGUGAGGUUAUGGGCCGUUGCAGGGCGAGGUUCAGAUAG